UUCAAAGAUGGUGUCCCUGUUGAUGAUGUUUCUAAUUCUCAAACAAAUGGGAAAGUUAUAUAACUUUACCAAGGACUUCACUGGGACUAAACGUCUGAGUGUGAAGAGAGGAGUUGACAGCUUUAACCUGACCAUAUCGAAGACACAGUUUAUUUAUUUUUGUUUAACCUUUAUUUAACUAGACAAGUCAGUUAGGGGACUCAGCUACAUACUACUCUGCUGCUAUUUAAAUGGACAAAGUCAAAGAUUUAGAGUCCAAGAGUAUGUCUAUUGUACAGCAGCCAGGAGACUCUGUGACUCUGAACUGUACAAUACACACUGAGACCUGUGUAGGAGAACACAGUGUCUAUUGGUUCAGACAUGGCUCAGGAGAAUCCUGCUCAGGAAUCAUUUACACCCAUGGAGACAGGAGUGAUCAGUGUGAGAAGAGCUCUGAGGCUGGGUCUCCUACACAGAGCUGUGUCUACAACCUCCCCAAGAGGAACCUCAGCGUCUCUGAUGCUGGGACUUACUACUGUGCUGUGGCCUCAUGUGGGGAGAUACUGUUUGGGAACGGGACCAAGCUGGACAUUCAAGUUCCAGAGCAUCCUCCUCCAUUUCAUCUGACUCCUACUGUUCUGGCCUUGGUCGUCUCCAAUAUCGUUCUGGGGAUAGUGACCCUUCUACUUGUCUGGGCGCUGUGCAAAACUCUGAAUAGAGAUAGCAGAGGGAGGACAGGUGUCCCAUCGUCCCAGGGCAAUCAGAAUCAAGACAGUGACGUGUUGAACUACGCAGCUGUCAGUUUCACCCCCAAGAAGAAGUCCUCCUCUAGAACAGCGAGAGAGAAGACCAGCAGAGAGGAUGCAGUGUACUCUGAUGUCAGAUACCUUCAGCAGCAGUGAAAUAUCACCACUGUCACAAAGACUACAAGAAGCAACAUUUUAUUAUUUAGUAACUUAAAUUACUUAGUAAUUUACAAGUCGAUAAAGAAAACUUUAGAUUUAGAUUUACAUAAUGAUCCUGUCCAGCCUUAAAUAGCCAUAACUUUUGACAGUUUGUAAGAAAUCAUCUGAUAGAGAAUCCCAUUUUUGCUGUAUGACUGUGCAUUUUUAACAUA